AUGCUGUAUCCUUAUCAGGAAGUGGAGAGCAGCAGUCGGACAUCCCCCGACGAGCAUCAUCCCUUCUCCUCCUUGAAGCCAUGCGCCCUCGUGUUGAAGUCGCACCAUGUAGAUUCUGCCGGAGGCGCUUCGCCAGACGUGAACACCUACUGCGCCACGAGCGGACUCAUACUCGCGAGAAGCCAUUUCACUGCCGCUGUGGCAAGGACUUCACUCGGCGGUACGUACUACUGGAGACUCGCAUCGCAUCAGACGCUGAGUAGCAAAAACAAUAGUGACCUGUUGUCGCGCCACUUGAAGCUCAAGAGCGAUGCCUCUGGCCAUGGAGAGGCAUUGCCCUUGGAGAAUAAUGCCACGCCGCUUGCACAUGUAAACAGCCCAUCUGGCGCCGUUCCUCCCAUUUUCCCGGCAAAUGCCGUAGGUCAAAUAGACGAGGACAUCAACGCCUUACUGCCGCCCGCCACCUCUCACAGUUUUCUAGAAGACAAUCUGGAAGAUCUCAACGUGUUAUGGGGAAGCGUUGAUACCAACUUCCCCUUGGAAGGACUCGGGUUUGGUCUUCCAAACGAUCUCAUCUCUCUCCCGGGCUUCGAUGCAUCGCCCUCGACCAUUGUCGACAAAACUCCCCGCCAGCCCGUUCCAGAUAGCCCGCCAUCGGAUGACGAUGUUGCCUCGCUGUCCAAUUUCCAACUCCCAUCUUUACCACGAAACGACGAAUCCUCUUCUCAGGAUGUGGAAAGUGCCUCGCAACACUGCGACUCACGUCCCAACUCUUCCAGUGAACAUUAUCCGUGGCGAAUCAGCAAUGAGGACUACCGCUGUAUUGUGACGCAGAUCGAUCAUAUGCGUCCACACCUCCCAGUCUCUUUUACUUUGCCCUCGAAAUAUGUCUUGUGCAGAUACAUCGAAGGGUUCUUCACAGGAAGCCAUGGGCAUUUGCCCUUUUUGCACAUAUCGACCGUGUCGAUUGCGGAUCUGUCUCCGCCUUUAAUCUUAGCAAUUAUGGCUAUGGGGGCGCAAUAUCGCUUCGAGCGAGAACGAGCCGUGAGGUUCUACAAGGCGUCACGAUCUUUGAUUGAUCACCACAUCAGUCUAUACACCCAGUCUCAUUCGCUUUAUACCCCUCGUUCCCACGUUGAGACUACGGAGAAGACUCACUUUGAGGUGCUGCAAGCUCAGAUCAUCCUUACCACUUUGGGCACAUGGGGUAAUCAUGGUCUACUCCACGAUUCACUUGGAAUUGCUGGUCAAAUGUCGCUCUAUCUCCGGGAUAGCGGCCUGCUCCUACACGAUCGUCAUUUCAGCGAUGGAUCGUGGAGCGCCUGGAUUCAGCAAGAGGGGCAACGGCGCACCAUAUUCAGUGCCUAUAUGAUUUGCAGUAAUCAAACGAUUCUUUACAAUAUGCCUCCAAAGAUCCUGAAUAGUGAAGUUAGUUCUCUCUAUCUCCCUUGGCCUGAGGAGCUCUGGAGAGCGUCAAGUGCCUCGGAGUGGAAAUCUCUCCGCUCCAGGUGGCCGCACUACGUCUCCUUUGGCGACGGCUACGGCCAGUUGUUUCACAAUAAACCAAUUCAUCAGAGCUUAUCUUCCUUUGGGAACCUGGUCCUAAUCCACGGUCUCUUCCAACACAUAUAUCUAGCAUGGGAGGCGUCAUUCCGCAUCCCAGUCUCUUCCGAGGACCAGCCUACCUCACUACCCGUCGAGUUCCUCACAAGAUUCCACUCAGCGCUCCGACGAUGGCAGAAAAGCUGGGAGACAAGCUCCGACCCGUCCAUCACCCCUUCAUCUCCAAAGGGACCCCUCGGUUUCAACGCGACAGCAAUAUUUCGAAUCGCAUGCAUCAGGCUACACCUCAACCUUGGCCCGCACCGCAGCUUAGGAACGGGGGAGCCGGAAGCCAUUGCAUCAGCCUUUUGCAACGCCCCAAGACCCGCGCAAACCCCCCAAAUCUACCACGCCGUCCUCCAAUCCAUCCACGCUCUUUCCAUUCCCGUCCGCCUCGGCGUGGAAUACGUCGCGAGAACACAGACCUUGACAUGGAGCACAAUCCAUUCCCUCUGUAACCUCGAAUGCGCCCUGUUCUUGUGUAAAUGGCUCGAGAUGCUCGCGUCGGACCCGACAAAAGAUAUUAUUCAUCGAGAUACGCGACGGCUUUUAAGAAUCAUUACCAGUGUACUGCGCGAAGCAGAUCUGGCACCGCCAGGUGACCGAGCGGAUAAAUUUGAGCCCGAGCAAUUACGGCGGAUGGGUGCGAUGCUGGUGCGACUAUUGUCGGAGAUACUCAAGGGGGCGCACGUUUUCGAAAAGAUGCAUGUUUUUUGUGACUCUCUUCGCACCUACGCCACUUUGCUCGAGAAUGAUCUCGAUUCCGAUAUGGCGGAAUGA